AUGAAAACUUGUUCCCAGAGACUGCAGGCUUUGAUCCGUUAUCUUGAUAAAUAUCAGCAGCAGCAGCAGCAGAAGCAGCAGCAGCAGCAGCAGCAGCAGCAGCAGCAGCAGCAGCAGCUGCUGCUGCGGCUGCUGCUGCUGCUGCUGCUGCUGGGGUGCCAACGAACUGCCCGCAGUGCUGUUUUGCUUCAGCCGCAGAAAGAGUGUUUAAAAAGACUAACGCCGGAAGACAGAGAACUGAAGCAAAUUGACUUUGCAGUCAAAUUGGCGCAAAGAGGAAUUGGGGUUCACCACGGGGGUCUUUUGCCGCUAAUUAAAGAAAUGAUGGAGAUAUUGUUUCAACGGGGACUAAUUAGGGUUUUGUUCGCAACAGAAACCCUAGCUGUUGGUCUAAACCUCCCGGCUCGAACGGUGGUUUUCACUGACAUCAAAAAGCCCGACGGAGAACGCCUGAGGCCUCUCCACGCAGCAGAGUACACGCAGAUGGCGGGGCGGGCCGGCCGCAGGGGUUUAGACACUUGCGGCAAUGUCUACAUCUUCGCCCCAGAAGAAGUGCCCUCACCAAAGGGCGCGGGAAACACCCCCGCGUUGGUGAACAGUUUGUUGACUUCGCUGUGCAACAUUUCGCCCUUCCUUAGGGCCCUUGCUUCCAUGCCUCCGAUUGACUGUGUCUUUGGAAAACCCACAAUUAGAGAAUAUGCAGAAACUCAAAACAAAAUGAGAAAAAUAGCGCAAAAGCAUUACCUGUGA